UCUCUCCAAGACCUCAUGGCCAUGGAAAGACGCCGCCGCUCAGACUCAGAACGGCGGAGAGGGUCGCGACAUUCGGGCCUUAUGACAUACACCGUGGGAACCGACGCCCAAGCGACGGAGGAAGAAACCGCUGCUCUGGUUCAACCCACAGGCCUCAUGGCAACGCUCACUCGUUCCGAAGUGCACGGAGAGCAGACCACGAUCUACACCACUGAUGUCCGGAGGCAAUUUGUUGAUGGAACGUACACACAAGUACUGUCCACCCACUCCAGUGUGCUUGAGUUAGCACCGUCCCUCAAUGAAGUUGAAGGCGCUUUCCACCAAAGGGGACGGCAACGACCACAGACUACCCAUGGUGUAGAAAGUUUCGGAUCCCUGAGCUCAGGCAAAAUCUUUCAGACGGCUGUCAACGAAUUGGCCUCGACGGUGACUACUAGAAUUCACGCAACCAAAGUUCACCACGCAUCGCUUCUGAAGUCGAUUUCUGGAGACAAGUCAACAACCGUGCUGGGAUUGAACAUCAAAAAUGGUCAUGUGGGGAGCUUAGAUCAACACCAAGACACUGAGGUUCCCGUCAUUACUGUGACUGGAACGGAAGGACUUCUAGUUCAAGGAACCGGAACCGAACAAAUGACGUACAAGGUUUUCACUGGAACGUACGUCAACAACGAAGGUGAUGACUCGAAGACGUACAUGUUCUUUUUCGGUAACCGACAACUUCCUGUAGAAGCAACGCCAUCACUUCCGGAGGAACAGAAAAAAAGUGAACAAUUCGACAUCCGAUCUGGAAAUCAGAAAGGCGUUGUUUUCGACAUCUCCCAUAAAAUUGGGGUAAUUUUGCCAUCACACACGGUGACCACCAUAGAACCAACUGAAGCUCCACGUUCGGACUCUUUAAUAUUUGGCUCUGGCAAUGCACACGGCGGCGAGCUGAUGACCGGUAUGCUGAUCGAAGGUUCCGAGCCCAUCACUAUUGAAGGAAUGACCCGCACCAGAACAGCUACAUCAAGCACAAUGCAAGUCACUUUGGACUUAGUUCCAGCGCAGUCUCAGCGCGAUGUUGUCAGAGUAGCCUUGACGAAGAAGGCAACUCCUACGCUUUACAGACAUGGACGAAAAUUUCAACCGACAGCUACUGGAAGAAAGAUUACACCGAUGGAUGGAUCCACAAUAAUUACGGACAAGUUUUUUCUACCUCAGCACUUGGGGCUCUAUACCACAUCUCCCAUCUCAGGGGUAUCCAAGACGACUGAUGAAUUCUUUGAAGACGCCGACCAUGACUACAACGUUCCAGAGCCUGUCCCAGAAGAGCCAGUUGUUAUGGUCAUGAUGAGACCUCCGUUUAAUCAUAGACCUCUGGGCAAUUUCAGACCCGAGCUGCUAACCCCAUCUCCGAUAAAAGACAUUAGACCGACUAAAACAGUUGGUUCGCACCAUGAUGAUUUUGCCGACGAAGUUGGAGACGUCUUUGCAACGGACGCUGCUUAUGUUUUCAACAAAGACGGACAACGUCAUGAACAUGAUGUCGAGAAGAAGAAAACAAGAAUAACCUUGUUUGGAUUUGUUGACUUCACUACAUCGAUUUCUGGUACUGAAGUGGUAUUUCAACCAGCCGCCACCGGCGUCUCCUACGAUUUUGGAAAUACCAAGUAUCCACAGCCUCAGGACAUCUACAACCCUUUUAACAUUCCGACUCAGAAAAAGCAAGAGGAGUCAGUAUUAUCAUCCAAAGGGAAAAACAAUCCUUACGGAACAGCGACGCGUGAAUUUGUAUCUAAGAUGUCGAUGCUGACAUCUACAUUUAAGGGAGGCGUCGAAAUGCAGAGCACGAUGUUCACAUCAACGAUUCCCAUGCUUCUCAAAUCACGCACACCAAAGUACGAAAGCUACACUCCGGAUGAACAAGAUCCACUCUCAAGUAUUGUACCUGAACCCGUGACAGAAAACGAAGAGGAACUUGGGCACAGUGAACCUUCUUUUGACUUCGCUACUCCAUCGUAUCUUUUUAGUUCUCCAGAACCCGAACAUUUGGCUUCAAAAUACCUGAUUGCGUCUGUGAGGGAAAGUUCAGAAAGCUCUAUAGAAGAGCACAUGCCUGUUUUGGAAUCAGAAACCGUGAUGGUGUCGAUGAUUGAAGGCUCCAAGACUGAAGACUUCACGAGCAGCCCAACUGAAACCGUACGUCCGACACCUAAAUUGAAGCGAAAAAAGACCUACAAGACAGGACUGGUCAGCUCGAUCACAGGGACAGUUGUUCACGGUGAUAUGACGACAGAGUGGACCACGCUAAUUAUUGGCACCUUAAUCGGGGGAAGGUACGCCCACGUCAUCCAAAGCACGUCGAGUAUUUUCUACACGCAGACUAAAACAGAUACACCAGAAGAAAUUACGACUACGAAAAUUCCGACACCACUUCCAGGCCUGAUCCUUCCUGGUGAUAUACAGAUUGAGGGGCUUUCUGAUCAGCCAGUGACAGAACCUAACAUUCAACCCAAGACGGACCCGCCGGCACCACAUACAGAGCCGCCCCCAGGGACUGAAGAAACAAGGGAAGAAAGUGCCGAAAACAAUCAAGACUCUUUGGAUGUUUAUAGCAUUACGUCGAAUUUCGCAAUCCCGCUAAUUAACCAGUCGAGAGUGAUUGAAGAAAGCUACGAGACUGCACUCUCUGGCCAAGACCAGCCAUCAGUUGUGGCCCUGUCAGAUGGACUUUUCCUCUCAACAUUGGUGCCCACUAUGCAAUUGUCCAGCACGCUGCCAAGCAGCACUCAGAAGGUACAGCUCCUAACAGAUGGCUUCAUACUCCCGGGAGACAAUGCCGCCGACAAAUAUGAGCCUUCAUCGUCCACAUCGUCAAGUGAUGGUGAUGGACAGCGUAUCAUUACGAUGGGGUUUAUUCUGCCAGGAGCCGACCCCGUAAAGCAGUUUGAAGAUGAUCUCAUAUCAUCUGACGAAGUGAAAGUACUAACCGACGGCUUUUUACUGCCUGGCCACGAUGUACUGCCUUCUUCGGAGCCCCUCGAAAGCAAGUCAACGCUCCAAGGAAGAAUCGCGGAGAGUGCAACAUUGCCACUUGAAGAAAUCACCACUGUUACGUCGUACCCAAUCACGCAUUAUUCAACUUUCACUUAUUAUACUACUCUGAAUCAAGACGGCAGCAAUAUUGUAUCCAGCAGAGAGGUGACGACAUCGAAGGUGUUCGAGAAUAGCGACCAGUACGAACAUGCUCGAUUGCUUGGUAGGGAGACAGCCUCACUAGAAAGUUCAAUGCUACCAUUAGACGCAACAUCGACAGCAGGCAUCACAACGCUCAUGACGGCUUACACCUACUUCAGCACCUUUGUGUCAGAUGGCUCGAUAGUUGUAUCAAGUAGUGAGAAAACGCUAUCGGACCUUCUAACUCCAACUGAAAGCUACGAUGCAGAUGUGACUCCCAUUUCGCCUUCAGUAGCCACACAGCCAACAACGCUCUUCACGACUUACACCUACUACACAACCGUGACGAACGAUGGCAGUACCGUUGUUUCAAGUCGAGAGGAAGUGAUUUCUAAUGUUGCUACACCCGAACAAAAAGACAGCACUGUCCAUAAAACGAAAGAAACCCCAGAUUUAGCUUCAGUUGGAGCGCCGACUACCUAUUUCACAACUUACACCUACCUGACGACGCUCUUUAAAGACGGAACUUCGAGCAUCACGAGCAACCUAGAAACAGUAUCCAAUGUGGCUUACGGGUCGACAAAAGCUCCCAAUCAAGCACCUUACGGGAUGUCAGGGGAACUUAUCCCGACCAGCACAACGCCGGUUACCACGUUCUAUACAACUUACACCUACUUGACAACACUUUUAAAAGACGGUACCUCUGUUGUAUCCAGCCGAGAGGAGGUGGUUUCAAAUAUUAUGAAAGGUACAGGAAUCUCCUUCGACGCUUCACCUUCUCUUCAGCCCCGUUCGAAACCAGAUGAAACUGAAGUAAAGCCCACUGAAUCGCUCUCGCUGUCCACAUACCUCACCACAUAUACCUAUUACACCACGUUUGUACGAGGUGGAACUACGACGAUUCGCAAUAGAACACAGGUUGUUUCCAAGGUGAAGACCAUGUCAGCAGCAACCGAGACGGAGUUGAUAACAACCCCGGUGGUUUCCACUUACUACACGACGUACACAUAUUUCACAACCGUGAAUCGUGGAGGAACAAAAUCAGUGAAGAGCAGAGAAAGUGUGAAGACCAACGUUGUGACAAAAUAUCCCAAGACAGACUUUUCUUCGUCCACGCCACCUGUAGAACUUAUUACAAGUUACACGACCAUAUUGUCUCCUGUGACUGUAUACCGGGACGGCACUCCGCGAGUAUCGUUUAUCUCAAGGACCUCGGCCAUUGUGAAAACAGUGGGAGACACGCCAGCCACAUCAGUUGCAAUCACACCAGUGCCAAGUAUUGCUCCGACAAAGUCUUCUAACAUGCAAAUGAUGUACACCACUUAUACCUACUACACAACUUUAUAUGAUGAUGGUAAGCCCAUUGUGUCAAGCCGAGAAGAAACAGUCACAAAUCUCAUUUCGCCUACGGCAGGCACACCUGAUGAUGUCGAAACGUCUCGUAACGAAGAAAGCAGCACGAUUGUGCGAACUUACUACACUACUUACACGUAUUUCACAACGUUCGAAACUGAAGGAACACCUACAGUGACAAGCCGAGAGGAAGUUGUCACCAACUAUGUGACGAUGACGCCCCACGACAUAAUAACUGGAGUGUCGCCAACUUCUUCGUCCCAAGAAGUUCAGCCAACAUCCGCUGUGUCAACAAACGAAACUCCUGCGCUGUUCGGAUCUUUGCCUUCAGACUUUGAUUUUCGGAAGUUGUUACACAAUGUUCCAGUGACCCAUUACACGACGUACACUUACUACACGACUUUCUACAAGGAUGAUAGUACAAUUCUAUCCAGCAGAACAGAAGUCGUAUCUAACGUUGUGACCCCAACGCCAAGUUCUGAGACAGGCUCAACAACGGAAACUACAUCUGAGACAUCAAAAAUGCCAGCUGCAUCGCCAUCGCCAACAACUUUGGCGUCGACACCAAAGUUUACUAUGAAGUCUCCUAAAGUUUUGAAAACAAGGUCAACGCCUUCCCUGCCCACUUUUUUGAGAACGGCAGCUUUGGGUGCACCACUGAUUGUCAUCCGAAAUAGGAGGGACGCACAAGAGGAGGAGUUAGAAGCUGACGAGGCCGAGGACACCGAAAUCUACGCUACACCCGUUACCUACUAUACGACGUACACGUACUUCACUACCUACCUGAAGCCCGACGGCAACACAGCUGUAUCCAGCAGCAUUCAUGUUGUUUCGUCUAUCCUGCAUCCGGACCAGCGCGUUAGGCCAACAAGAACUAUCUACCAUGACGAAAUCCAUGGAACGGAGCCUGUGAACAUCUAUCCUUCCCAUCGAGGUGCAAAAGGGUGUAUUCGCUGCAGCUCAGAUGUUAGGGCUGUCUACGUUACACAUACCGACUACAUCACCGAGUUCCAACGUGGACGACCAGUCACGUCUACCCGAUAUGUUACACUCACGAACUAUGUAACAGUUACGCCUGGACAGACAGUGUAUGAACACAACCCGCAUACGCAACUCGCCGUCCCAGGCUGUCGUCAUUGCAAGCAUGAUGCACAGUACACCACAUACACCUACUUCACCACCCGUCUGCUGGAAGGACGUCCUGUCACCUCCACGCGAUACGAAACAGUGACAAAUUAUGUGACUGUGACUGUUACAGAACAGCCAAUCCACCAACGCAUCAGGCCUACUGAGAUUCACCGACCCAUCGCUAUUUAUCCAACGACAGUUUUGGAUACAAUUUAUACAACUUACACAUACUUUACGACAAGCAUAGUCAGAGGUCGGCCCACAGUUUCGACAAGAUAUGAAACUCUCACCAACUACGUCACUGUAACUGUUGCUGAUAGACCCUUUGAGCAUCGCGUUCGACCAACAGACACUUAUCGCCCUAUCAUCAUCCAACCAACAGCUGUGAGGGACACUGUUUACACAACCUACACGUACUUCACAACCAGACUGCUUCGAGGGCAGCCCAUCGUUUCAACUCGCUAUGAAACGGUAACUGACUAUGUUACGGUCACCGUGACAGAACGAGACAGAAUUCGACCAACUAAUGUGCAGAGACCCAUCUAUCCGACAAGGCAUGGCCAAGAACCUUACCACACGGGAUAUACAACGUACACGUACUACACGACGCGCUACCUUAGCGGACGGCCUGUGGUCAACACGCGCUACGAAACCAUCACCAACGUCGCAACCGUAACCAUCACGGAAAACGCGACGCCGGAGUUUGGGCACCAAGUGAGACCCACGCAGAGUGGGCCUUACAGGACCUACCACACAACUUAUACCUACUUUCAAACGAGGUUCAUCGACGGUACUGCUAUUGUGAAUACUCGGAAAGAGACCAUAACAAAUACAGUUCUGGGGGCUCUCUGUCGAACUUGUCCCACUGGUCAUCAGCAAAUAAUUCAAACUCGGCCGUACAUCGAGCCACACCGACAGACCGUUAUAACUCGAACCGUUGCUCCGUCGCACGAGAUCCAACCGACGCCGACAACCUAUUACACAACAUAUACGUACUUCACUACAAUUCUUGAAGCCGGUCGCCCAGUGGUUCAAACGCGAUAUGAGACGUACACGGACAUAGUUUCAGGACUCGUCCUGCCUACUAGAGCCGUCGUUGCACCUCUGCAACCUAAGGAAGACUUCCGGCACGACCAAGUCCAGUUAACGCAAGACACUGAGCAAGUGCAGCUUCCGCUCCUGCAGAACGUGUCGCCUGCGCGUCGUCGUCGACGGUCACAAGAGGGCAGUGGGUUGAAAGAGAGCGACGUGAUCUCCGGUGGUCUCAAACUCAACGAGGAAGCCAAAGUGAUGCCCCACUCGCAAGUGUCCCGAGUCCAGAGAGGGUUGUCCCGUGAUGUAGACGUUGCCCAAGCUCGGCCUGGCAGAAAGAUGCUGAGUCACGCGUUCUUAGGAUUCCCCAUCGACGGGUCCAGACUAGACGCUCUGGGACGGGACGAACGUCCAGAGGAAGUCCGCCUUUUCAGCUCUGGGAUUGAAAGCUCCGUCGAGAACUCGUCCCCCAACUCGGAGUCUACCAGCACCUUGGACAACGCCGUUUCCAAAGCAGCCUCAGAAGCCGACGCGGUCACAACAAUCUCCAUGGGGCCACUGACGGAAGUCUAUGAACAGCCGGCAACUGAAGUUCCCAUAAUUCAGAAGCACCCCAAGGGCAUUUCUAAGAAAUGGAAGAAGAAUCAUAAAGAACCUUCAAGCGUCGAAGUCGGCACUGACAACAAGUACGGCAUCGGCGCUAAGUUUUUGUCUAGAAAGUUGCAACAGUUUCCAGAAGAACGAGAUGAAGAAGUCAGGCCUGUUCGAGACUUCACCAGAUUAAGAGGGCGCGUUCGCGCGACACCCGUUGAAGCAUUAGCCCUUCCGACACCUGAAGCUCUAGUUGACAACUCGGGGUCCUCAAGCCCCGAUUUUGAGUUUUCAGAUGGAGGACAUCAUAAUGACGCCCUUGAUGGUGCUCGUCACGGAGUUCGAAGAGGACGAAUCCUUCGAAGACCAGUGCAAAGAAACAGGGCAAUAAUCGACGGAUCCUCACCUAGCUUCAAUGGAUUUCGUGGUCCACAUGGGGGCUUUAUUCGAAGAAGGCCGCCGCAUGUAGUUCCAGAUCAUGUGGACCUAAACCCGCCUCAAGAACACAACGGUGGCCUACACCUCGGCGAGGAACCUCAAGCCUUCAGUCCAGGUAACCUUCAUCAAACAUCUGUCGCCUAUCUCUCCUCCUAUAACAUUGACCCUUCUCCUUCUGUUUCUUUGGACAAUUUAAUCUCAUCUUCUUUCGUGGGUGACGGACACUCUCUCUCCUCGGUACCGGUUGGGGAAACUAGCCUUUCUGAACCCGUGACUACUGAACUGACUCACCAAAUCUCGGCGGAUGCGGUGACUCUUUCGGGACUGGAGACCUCCAAACUUCCCAAAGGAAAGGUUCGGCGCAUCAAAGUUUUGAGGCCUGCCCCUCACGGUGAAGGAUUCCUUGGUGAUGGUUCAAAGAAAGUACGACGCGUCACGGUAACACGAACGUUCUCUCUGACAGGUGAACCAACAAGAUAUGAGGACUACCGACCGCAGGUGGAAUCUCCAUUCGGUCAAGACUAUGGCUCGUAUAACCAAUUUGUUCCGCAUCAGAAUGUAGUACCAGUAGUGCAACAGCCACAGCAGGAAAUCCUUCGCGUUCCGCAGCAGGUGUCGCAACAGGCUGACGUGCAUCAGGGAUCAAAUUAUGACCCUUAUGCUUCGGGUCUGAACCAACAGUCGUAUCAAGGGUAUAGUCCAAAUGUUCCCUUCCAGUUUUCACAGCCUGUUAACCAGCCACAAUCAUUUGGCCAACAUGUGCAAUUUUCUCCUCAUCUUUCGAACCAGCAAGAUCAGUUUACCCCUAUUCAGCCUGUGCAGAACUUCGUGCCUGCUGCAAAUAAUCUUCCACCGGCAUUACCAAGCAAAAAUGAAGCACACUCAGAAGACCCUCACCAGUCAUCAGCGGUUCCAGCUCGUGGCUCUCGUCGUACAGUGUUUAGGAGAGUUCGUCCUACCAACUCAAAGCAUAUUGGCGAAAGAAGGACGUCGCUUGUGCGCAAAACGAGACCAAUCACCUCAACUCCCGUCUUUCAAUUAACGUCGGUGAGCGUCGAACCAACGCACGUGUUUGUUUCAGCAGCAUCAGGAGAGUUCAACCGGCUCUUGGGUGCAACAACGGCUUCUCGGGAAUUUUUGGAACUUGUGUCUAAAACUCCAGACCCUCCUGCACCAUAUUCGCCCGACUAUCAACCCGACCCGCCGCACGAAGAGAAAGACGCAAAACGUUUGCCCUCCGUAGAUGAGGUUACGCCGAAUCCUCACCAAUUUAAGAGAAUAAUUCGAGUGAAAAAGCCUGGAGAAGCAAAGAAUGGACAAAGAAGGAAAGUCGUCCUUAACCGAAGACCAUCUGUGAAUAGUUUGCAAGCUCGUGGUCCCGUAACUAACGGAAAUGAAGAUUUGGUAGCUCAAAACAUUGAUGUUGCGUCACACAACAAGGAAGGGGCGGUGACGUCUCCUCAGGUUGCUGAGAGCUCCAACCCAACCUUGUCAUUCGAGAUCGGUGCGACCGUUCCAUUAACUUAUUACACAACGUUCACUUACCUUACCACGUUUCUCCAUGGCACCGACACUGUCUACAACAGCAGAGAAGCAGUGCUUUCGUCUGUAGUCACAGAAACUUUAAAUUCAAAUAUUGUGAAUGUGAUUCAAAAUCAUGGUGGAUUCACAACGGCUCUCGACGGAAUUUCGAUGGUACACUUGGGAUCCAGGACAAAAGGUGCUGCAACGACCAUAGUGAACCUAGAGUCACGGCUCCAAAUCUUCAACAGCGACAUCUUUAGGGGAAUUCACCCAACACCCACCGUGACUCCGGAUCUCACAUUCCCGACCGCCUCGUCUUCUGUGUUUGAGGCAGAACCUCUGCAAUCGCCAUAUGAAAAAGCACCUGAAUUUAAUUCGGGAACAGUUCAAUUGACUGACCUAGCUCGUAUGCCCAAAACGAUCUACACGCUCUAUACUUAUUACUACACACUUUUUGAUGGCCUGGAAACAAAAAGCUCCGUUAGAUCCGAGAUUUCAUCCAGUAUAAUUCCUGGCGAAAACGAGUUCUUGCCUCCGAUUAAGCAUACGAGGAUCAGGAAUGGGCUACUACCGCUGGGGCUCGACGUAACAACUGUGCACUUAGGAUCACGAGACAUCGACGGCACAACGACAGAGGUUAACAUCGGAAUGCGUACGGUUAUUAAAUUUGACGGCGUAAAAGAUGCAGUAAUUGGAGAGUUCAACGAGCCCAUUGUCCCAACAGCCUCGGUGUUUCCAAGUCACGCAACAGAGGCAGUGGAUAACAAGAUAGAAUUUAUUUCAAAUCAGGAGCGUUCGUCCCUCUUAGAAGAUGCUCUUCAGCCUUCUUACUCGAUAGCUCAUGAUGAUCCGCAACAGACUACAAGCGUUCAUGCCACUCCGGUUAUCCUGUUUCCUGUCGAUGAAACAACAGAUGCUCCAAGGGCGAAGGUGAGAAUUAUUUCGUCACGUGUUAACAAGCCGAUAGGAGGGCUCAAGUCUGGAGUGUUUCAAGCGGCACCAGGGGUAAGGGUUAGAAUCAAGCCUGUUAUACGACAACCCGAGGAAGACCCUGUCACAAUUUCUCCAGAAGAAACGUCUCAUGACUACGAUAUUGAUGCGACAGAGGGCCUAACUUCGCCGAGUCCCAUCGUUGAUGUGACUGAGGAGGAACAUUUGCUCUCCUCAGUCUUUGAGGCUCCGACCACUCCAGAGGAUGAAGAACACCACAAAGGAAGAAAAAGGCUCAAGGUAACGCUCAGAAGACCAACUCCGGGGGACAAGCUUGCGAGAACGAACUCGGUGAACACUCGUUUCGUGAGGCCUUCACGCUUUGAGAUUACUACAAAGCCUCGUUUUUAUGUUGUCACUCGAACCAAUGCCGCGGGAGUCGCAAGGCCUACCAAGAACCCAUUCACUGUCAAGGUCAGCAAGAGGGUAAAAUCAACGGACCUCAUACGAGCCACACCCUCAGUAAGCAUUAUCUACGAGACGUUCACCACUACAACGUCAGUUCCAGUUAUCUUCGGGUUACAAACAAGCUACAGAGAAGUGGUGAUCACGGCUUCUACGCCUCUGACAGUAACAAUAACCCCAACGUUUGGAGGGCGAUCACCGGACUUGAUUGAGCCUUCGGAGACUGUGAUGUUGACGUAUUUUACUACGACGACCUACACUGUCCCGUACACUCUGGGAGACCAGACGCUGUUCACCACGGUUCGAGAGACCAACUCUAGGAUCGUCACGGAAACUGUUGCAGCAAGCCAUGUUCUAGAAGAUAUUCCUGCAUCGCGUUAUCCAGACGAUUACUUGGACUACAGCGCUCAACUUAUUGGACGAGGAGCUGCACCGAAGCACCAAUCAUCGCUUGAGCUUUUUGCUUCCCACUACCAACAUCGGCCUGGCCUGUCUACCAGAAUAUCGGACGGCGUAACGCUCAUCGUUGCCAGUGGUGGUGACUUUGUCGCCUCAACGCAGUUGUUUUCUCACCAAGCGACACCAUACACCUUGCAGCCAACGCUACUGCUUGACGCUGUGCUCAUGAAAGAACAUUUCGACGGACAAAACGUCUCUCCACAGCCUUAUUCAGUGUCUUACAGCACCAAGACGCUUUUCACGACGUACACCUAUUUCACAACAUUCUUCACGGAUGAUUCCUCUUCGAUCUCUAGCUCGGAACAAGUUAUCUCGAACACGGUUACAAUCCCGGUCACACAAAAUAUUCAGCCGACGGCAACUCCUCAUCUGCCGGAGUUGAAGCAGGCCCAGACUUAUCUGGAAACUAGCGAACGUGUGGUCACGAGCACGUCAUAUAACACGUUCACGUUCUAUGCCACCCUUUUCAACGGCUCAAGCUCUGUGGUCACUCCGUUCGAGGAAGUCCAGUCGCAAGUGUUCACAAUCACGGAGUCGUUCACCAUCACAAGAACGAUAAUGCCAUCCUCCGUACACCUGUUAUCGACUCCAAUCCUGGUGCAUCCUCAGCAGCAGUAUCAAGAUGAGCAAGAGCGAAUCAGACAGCAACAUCAACAGCAGCAACAGCAGCAGCAGCUGCAGCAGCAUCAUUACCAGCAGCAGCAGCAUCUGCAUCAGCUACAAAACCACCAGUUGCAGCCGUCAGUAACAACGCUGCUUAGCACUUUGUAUUCGACACAAACGAACUUUAUCACGUUCUUCCAGGGAACGAGCACUAUUGUCACCUCAAUUGAAGAAAUACUGUCAGAUAUUGUUACGCUGACAGUUCCUCACGGACUGGCUACUCCUGUGAUUUCGCAUUCAUAUUUGCUUUCACCUACCGUUACGGUACCUGAGUUUAGCACCAGAACGUACUUAACAACACAAACUCAAUACGUUACUUUCUUCAGAGGAAAAGAAACAAUUCUAUCGUCUAUUGAAGAAAUUGGAACAACCGUUGUUACGGAAAGGGUAGGUUCGCGCCCAUCUGUCUAUUCAAGACCAUAUGGAACUCCUAUCGCCUCUUCUAUUGCUCCUACGAGAACGAGUACGCCAACGUUUGUGUUGCCUUCAUACUCUGCUACACCAGCAGACUUGGUUCCGUCCAUCAGAACAUACUACACAACUUACACUUACUUUACAACUUUCUUCACUGAUUCAAGUUCUAUUGUGGCAAGCCGAGAAAAUGUCGUGACCUCGCACGUUACGUUGUUCGUACCACGAGCUUCGCUGACGUCAUCCACAAGGUUGCCACCUCCUUCAAGGAUUCAGACAACUACUUCGACCAGCACAUCCUCAUCGAGCAUAGCGCCUACAACUACGCGAUCGUCAACUCCAACAUAUUACCGACCUACUGUGACAACUCCACCUUAUGACACUAAGUUGUACACAACUGGAACGACGUACACGACUUACACGUUCUACACUACGUUGUUCGGCGGCCAAGAUAAGAUUGUAAUUUCAAGCGAGCAAGUGGUACCUCAGAUUGUGACGACACGAAUCGGAUCCAAACCCUCCACAACAUCCACGAGGGCCAAGGUAACUCCCACUGUGCUGACACACUUCACGACUUACACCUACUUCACAACCCUUGUCAAAGAGUCGGAGACUAUUGUGUCCUCUUCAGAGGAAGUGAUAACUCAACUGGUUUCUACAACAAUAACACCAUCGUCGACGACAAGCUUCGUCCCUGAAGUGAACAUUGUAACUUCGUCUCUUCACAAGCCUCCGAAGAAGGAGACUGCUGUGAAGGUUACGAGCAAAGUUCAACCAUCCUCAUCAAAGAAGCCCGAGAGAGUAAGCACGUUUAGGCCUGUCUCCAGUCAGCUGACUCCCAAAAGCUCAACGUCCUCCUUUAGUUCUAGCUCCUACUCUAUUCCCAGUGCUUCUUCAAGACCCUCGUCUUCGACACCAAGCUUUACAACCUUACAUUCUGGAUUCAUCGAAGAGGAAAGUACGAAACCGCUUUUAGGAGUGUCGACAACCGUUAUAGAUGGCUCGACAGUAAUCUUCUUCACUGAUAUUCCUGGCGGUCAAGAGGACGACGAUGAGGUGGACGCCUUCAGCUCGUCGUCACUCUUUUCGCUCAGUACAGUUUCGGAAGUUCUCUCUCCUGUUUUCGUUCCGCCCGAUUCAACCACAGAAUCAAGCACCGUCAAAAGUACCUUUGACACCCUCCUACUUUCUUCGUCACCAGUAACAUCAACCACGGUGUUGGAUAGCAGUACCAGAUACAUCGGUCACGACAAUGAAACAACGACGUUAUCGCCAAAUGUUACAUUGUUCGUCGUCACCGGCACAGACGGUAUCCUUACAAGGCUGACCGAAGCGACUUUCACGUCCAGAACUUCCGACGUUUCUCCAAGUAAAGCUGCCGCACCCGCUUCUGCGGAUAUUAUUCCAACAGAGAUCCCUACUGUUCAACAAGCACCUCUUCCCACUCUUGGUGAUGGCGGUGCGGGCGGGGGUCUUGGCAUUGGUUUCCCGUCGAAGCCAAUUAAACCUGGAUCCAUCAUAGAUCUGGCCGAUGUUCUCGGAGGUAACGCGAACCUGGGUGGAAACAUUGGAGAGGCUAUUAAGGGAAUUGUUCAUUUGUUGUCAAACGGAAAACGAAACGAAACAGAUGACUCUGGUGAUCUCCAUCCGAGCCAAGUCAAGGACGAUUCCCCACUUCCGCCUACUGACGGAGUUACAGUGAGCAAUAUUGAGGAACCUGUUUAUAUACCCGUUGGAGCUAUUGCUUCUGACUCUUCUGGAAGAAAGAAGGCUACUAGAGUUGAGAGCACUCAAGCGAGACAUCCGGAGACAGAUGGAGUUAACAGCGAGAGUCUUUUUACUUUCAUGCAUAGCAGCGAAUACCCGGUAUACAGUGACGAUGUUCACACCGAUAUUAUUACUGGCGUCGAAACCAUAUUCUUGGGGCCGACUGAGUCUCACUAUGACGACGAUGCGCCAGAUGUUGAAGAUUCUAUGCCCGAAAGAGCGGACAAGGAUGCUGCUGUUCAUCUAGUUGGAAGCGUUCAAAAUAGCCAUUCAUCGUCCUCCUCGUCGGACAGCCCAACUCCAGCCCUCGACUCAAGUACUGAGGUUAUUACGGGAGACAAAACAAUCUUCUUCGGUGACUUCGACAAAUUUUCAGAACUCACCCAAAGGGCGGAAGAUCAUAAGGGUGACAUCACGAUAUCUGACCCUAAGGAGUUUUCAAAGUUCGUUGGAGUUCAAACCAUUUUCUUCCCUGACGCACCUUUGCAGUCGUCAAUUCCAAGCGAAUUACAGAUUACAGGAGCAACAACAAUCUUCGGUGACAGUUUCACCCCAAUUCUCCCAGACCUGGAAAGCAAGAGCUCUGUUGAUUCACCUCAUUCGUCUGCACUCGCUCCUGGUGGCCCUAAAUCUGUCAGUGGAGCAACAACUAUAUUCUUCCAGCUGGACGGUGACCGGGCGCCGAUUCUUCCACCGGUAUCGACGAGCGUCUCUACCGUCACACAGUACGUUACGAGCGUUGAGUCUGUCACCCGAACCCUCACGCUUACGACAACAAAGGUAUACUACACACGAGACAGCCCCCUCACGAUCACGUCAGUCUUUACAACGACUAUCGCUCCUAGGACGUUUGUUUCUACAAUUAUUGGAAGCCGUACUAUUCUUGGAACCCUCCCAGAAGCCACAGAGACUGCAGAAGGCAGGAUGACAACACCGCUGCCAACUGAAGCGACAACAACGGUCACGACAACUACGCUCAUUUUCAAUUCCAUCACAACCACCGUGGUUCGCACGUUGGUCAUUCCAACGGAACGGCCUGAACCCACUCGAUCAUCGUCGUUUGACUAUCCAGCCACGACUUCGGUGCACGUGGUUACGAGCAGUCCUGAAGCCAAGGCAAGGACACCGGAAUCUGCAGACAGCAAGGCCCCAACGCUCCGACCGCCGCAUCGGCGACCGACGACUCCAAGGCCGCCGCAUCCGACCCUUGGAAAGCGACCCGUGAUAGCGUUCAGAGCACCUUCAAGAACACCUGACACGGCAAGCACAAAACCAAUGCCAUCUGGCCCUAAAUUCAAAAUUCCAUUCCCAAAACCACCAACCACCACGACGACAACAAAGAAACCGACUCGGGCACCACCGGUUAAAGCGAAGCCUGGAAGGGUGACUCCUGUCGAUGGUUAUCCACCAGUCUGCCUGCCUGGGUGCAACGUCAAAAACAAGGAGGUUUGCAGAGAACUACAGGAUGGUACAUGGGCCUGCCACUGCAAGCCGGGAUAUGGAAAGCAGGAAGGCAAUAACACCUGCACAGAAAUCGAAACCUACGUCGUCCUUCUUCGCGUUGUCAAGAUGGGAGAGUCGGCAGUGUCGUAUCGCACCGAGUUUUCCAACAGCCUGUCCACUGAAUACCAGGAAAUUGCAGAUGCAGCAAAGAAAGGAAUGACGGAUGCAUACAGAAAAUCCGAGGUUCAGAACCAGUUCGUGUCGUCGAACUUGAACAGCAUCUCAGACGGUGACGACUUGGACACGGCUGACAGCUCUCCCGAAGGAAUUGUGCUCAACUUCACGGUGUCGAUGGCCAAGUCCGAUAGCAUCACUCCGGAAGUCAUCAAGGAACAGCUCAGUCGCUCUCUGCGCCAAUCCAACUACAGCAUAGGCCAGAGUCCGCUCUUUGUGAGUCCCAAUGCUGUGGCGGCCGUUCAAGACUACGACGAAUGCGGAGAUCUGGAUGCCAACGACUGCGGCAGGUACUCCGUGUGCGUCAACCUGCCGGGGACGUACAGCUGCUACUGCAAGAGCGGCUUCGAAGACCUCGAUCUUCAACGACCUGGACGCGCGUGCUCAGGAGAAAUCAAGAACUGCGACCAUUGCAGCGGCCGAGGAACGUGCUUGAUUACCGAGGAUGGGAAGAAAAGCUGCAAAUGCAACCGAAUGUUCCUGGGACGCCGAUGCGAGAUCAAUGGCUUGGUGCUGGCCAUUGCGCUGCCAAUAGCGCUGGCGCUUUUGGUCAUGAUGCUGUGCUGCCUGGUGUGCUUGUGCCGACGCUGGAAGCGGAGGGCACAGCGCGCCAAGGGACCUUUUCGCCUGGGAGCCGUCAGUCCUCUAGGCGGCACUUUGGACAAGAAGGCCAUGAUCACAGACACAUCGAGCGAGAGCAGUGGUGAACACGCACUCAAGCACUCGUACGCCUUCGACGGCUUCAUGGUGAGCCCGACCCAUUCCCGACCACUGAGCUCCAGCGCACUCGACAAGCUGGGAAGGGAGCCAUCGGAUGCAGCCAACAUGCAGAGCAAGUUGCUUUAUGUUCUAGAUGGGUCAACAUCAAAUGUUCGACAGCAGUACGAGGCGAAGGGCGACGCUGCCCGCUUCGGCUCCCUGCCCGACAGCAACACCUUCAGUCGCUGGAAGGGCGGCGAAGAGCGCGAGCAGCAAGAAGGUGGCAAGAAGAAGAAGAGCUCCAAGAAGUCAAGUCCCGCUACCUCGGAGAAGAAGUCAAGCCCAUCCACGUCGAAGACGCAGCGCCCUGACAUGCCGGCGCCCCCUCCACCUCCGCCGCCCGUGCCCAUUACGCCGGGAACGUCCCGGUGGCUGGACAGCUCGGCACGAGCCGCUGAACGCAUUCAGCAGCAGCAACAGCAACAACAACAGCAGCAAGAUCAGAAGCAGCAACAGCACGACCAGAACACGCAGCGUUCGGCGGAGACAUCGCAGCCAGUCUCGCAGCCGUCCACGUUCUCGAGAGAAAUUUCCAAGUUCCGGAACACCGUGGUCGACUCGGCACAGAAUGCUGAAGAUGUUUACGGAACCAACACCUUCACAAAAAAGAGCACCAUCUCCGAAACUGGACGCUCUUACGACGAGACCACCAUCAGGCCGGCUGUGAAGCGGCUGCGUUCCUCGGGAGUCCCCGACGACGCUGUGCCAGGCACCUCCCGAGGGGAUACCUUCCACGAGGAGUGCUGUCGCCUUGACGACGCCGGAAACGACGCUGGGUCUUCCGCUAGUCCAAUCCCGGGUCUUCGUGCUGAUACUUCGAGACGGAGGCGGACUUCAAAAUCGGAUUCCUCUACCGGAGACUCAGAGUUGAUGACUCGGCCUUUCUAG